ACAAAACGCAUCAAAACGCAAUGAGAGCAGUGAGCACGUGUGUCGUCGUGGUGUUGGUGGCCGCAGCGGCCCUGGCCGCCCCCCAGUCGGACUACGAAACCGAGGUCCUGGCAAAAUUGAACAACGCCUGCGCCCACCAAAAGGCAGCCACCGCCUGCCUCCAACUCAAGGCCUUCGCUUACCUCCAGAAGUUGAUGAAGAAGUCAUCCAUCAGGGUCGCUGACGACAUCGUCGUCACCCCCAACUCGGAGUCGGUCACCGAGGUGCUCGAGCUGACCAGCCCCCGCGAGGUCGGCACCGAGGACGGCAUCGUCCUGAUGGCCAGCAAGGUUAAGAAUUUCAUCAAGUCGCGUGAGCUGCACUGGACCGUCGCCCCCGACACCGACGUCGUCGUCUCCACCGACAAGGACGCCUCCAGCAUCAAUUUCAAGCUGGCUGAAACUGCCCGCUCUAGCGAAACUGGACGUCUGCACAAGUUCAAGACCCUGUACGCCUUGGGCGCCGCCGCCAUCACCAAGAUCAGCAUCUUCGCCGUCCUCAAGUUCAUCGCUCUGGCCAUCCUGGUGUUCAAGGCCGUGGUUGUGUCCAAGCUUGCUUUGGCCGCCGCCGUGCUGCUCGGCAUCCGCCACCUGUCGCAACCGCACGCCGUGACCUACGAGGUCGUGUCGCACCCGCACGUGCUCGACCACCACGACACCUUCUCGGCAGGCACCAGCUACAGCGGCGCCGCGGCCGCCGCCUCCACCGGCUACGCCCGCGCCGACCAGCAACCCUACCGCGCCUACGCUCCCCGCAAGCCCUAAACGGCUCAUCAAAGAUAAAGAAUCAACCCCCUCCCCCUUAAUUUAUUACCUUAGUUUUAAGCCACAGAGGAGGACGCAUAGUCCUCCAGCAAACAAUCAAAAUGACCGACGCCGACCUUUUUUAACGGACGAAAGACUGUUUCUCUUCCGCUUCUCUUCCUUACUGUAAGCCUCUCUGCUGUCCAUCUGUUUCUCAGUGAAUUCCACUCUUAUAUGAACUGUGAAGCUUUUGUGUACAUAUGGCUAGAUACUCUUCUCUUCGUUUCCUCCGAUGCUCCCAACGAGACGACCAUACAAUAUGCCCAACGACUCAUUCUCUCAUCUCUUCUGUUCUCUCCGCUCAACCGAUACCAAGACUAAUUCCCUUUUUCAUUUACGACCGACGCUGUUUAUUCUGCCAAUGUUUCCUGGUCUACAGGAAAGAUAAAUAAUUGUAUGCCUCAUAUCCAAAUCUGUACGGAAUUGUUAUUUAUAUUAAAGACUCUGAUCAGUACAAGAAA